UUCCCCGUGAAUUUUGACCUUUUUCCUUCUCCGUCUCCUUGCAGUCUCUCUUCUUCCGCUUCAGCUUUAAAUAAUGUCACAACAAACCCUCGCAAACUCCGCCUCACAUCGUCAAUAGAAUUCAGUACAUCGUACAGAUAUUUCUCUUCUACCGUCGUCUCCUCCGCAUCUGUGAAGUCGGAAUUUUCCACCGUCUACUCUCCCUGUUUGUUUUGGUGCAAAUAUCAUUUAGCCCCGCUCGCUUCAAUCCUUCGGAACCUCAGUGCAGGAACUUUAAGCAUUUUAGAAUCAAUUCGGAAUCCUCAUCAGCAAUCCUCUGUUCUGAGCUUCAAACUGUUUUGAUGGUGAACUGGACUCAAUUUAUGGGUGUAUUAGAUUUAGGUGCAAGGAUUUUGAGCUUGGUAUGUUAUGUAACUUUAGCUGAGUCCAUGGAUCAUCUGAACUGAACAAGAGAUGCAGGCAGCUGACUUUCAGUUGGAAUGAAGAACUUACAGAGCUCUCAAGAAGUAAAAUCCUCUCAAGCUUCACAUGAAUCACAAAGUGACCACCAGAAUAAUCAAACAGCAGAGGCUCCCUUAGCUGACUCUGGUUCAGUAUCUGCUUCAAGCAAUGAUAACAGAAAAGUUUCACGCCAAGAUAUUGAACUUGUAAGGCGCAAAUAUCUUCUUGGGGUUUAUCUAUUUGCUGAUUUUAUUAUGUUUUCUUAAUGUAAUUGUUUGCUUUCAUUGAUUCUUGAAGUAGCUUACUUACCUAUUUAUUGCUGGUGAUGGAAAUUUCUUUGAAAUGGUUUUUACAGGUCCAGAAUUUAAUAGAACGCUGUUUGCAGUUGUAUAUGAAUAGAGAUGAGGUGGUCAAAAUCCUCUUGACUCGGGCAAGAAUAGACCCUGGGUUUACAACAUUGGUGUGGCAGAAGUUGGAAGAGGAAAAUGCUGAUUUUUUCAGGGCCUAUUACAUAAGGCUGAAAUUGAAAAAGCAAAUUGUUUUGUUCAAUAAUUUGCUUGAGCAUCAAUAUCAUCUCAUGAAGUACCCUGUAUCUUCUAAGGUUCCCUUGGCCCCAAUACAGAACGGGAUGCAUCCCAUGCCUGUUAACAAUUUGCCAAUGGGAUACCCUGUGCUGCAACAGCCUCCAGUUCCUGCUCCUGGUCAACCACAUCUUGAUCCUAUGGGUGGUGGAAUAUCUAGCUGUCAUGUUGUCAAUGGAGUCCCUGCACCAGGAAAUUUCCAACCUAUGCGAAUGAAUUCUGCAAAUGACUUGGUGAUGGACAACAAUGCAAGUGAUGUAGCCCAUUCUAUUCCCCCUAGCACUGUCAUGUCAUCUAUGUCAGAGAUGCCUGUCAGUCCCACCUCAGCGGCAUCAGGCGGCCAUUUUCCAUUCACUGCAUCAGACAUAUCAGGGAUGGGAGUGGAUACAUCUGCACUGGAUACAGCCUUUACAACUGACGUGACAAGUUCAGUAUGAUCACAGCUUGGACCUGAUGGUGGGGCUGGAAAUUCUAGAGAUUCCCUUAGAUCACUAGAUCAGAUUCAGUGGAAUUUUAGCCUUACAGAUUUAACAGCUGAUCUGUCAAACUUGGGAGAGAAAAACAUAGACUAAGGUGAGGCUUGUAUCAUUCCUCAAAGGUCAAAACUAUUAGGAUAGGGCGAAGUUAGAUCAAUAAGAAGCAUUUCUCAGUGUCUCAGUAGGCUAUUUAACUAUAUUAACGGAACAAUUCAGCAUCGUAAUUUAGUUUACUUAAUAUUACCCAGCAAAGUUGAAAGGAGCAACAUUCUCAUUUAUUGUAAUGUUCUUUUAACUUGCGCUUAUGGUGUUUAUACUAUAGAGAACUCGAGGGCCAUUUGUGGUAAUCCUUUAUUCGCCAUAUAUAUAGAUCGUUUUCUGUUCGAAAUUUCUUCCCAGU